AUGGAAGGGAACAGAGACAAAGUGGAUAAGUGCCUGAGAAUAGCCCGGAAAGCACUGCAGAAUGCUGAACACGACAAAGCGCUGAAAUUCUUGAACAAAGAGGAAAAAUUAUACCCAAGUAUCGAGGCAAAAGCAUUAAUAGACGCCAUCAGCAAGAACGGAAGCGCUGCUGGUGGUCCAGGACAUCGAACUGAGUCAGAGAAACCCAACCAGGGCAAGUCCACGGGUCUGGCGCAGAAUGAAGCCACGCUGGAGACGGAGAAGAAGGUGGACAUGAAGGCCUACACCAGCGAGCAGUUUGACGGGGUCCAGAGGAUAAGGAAAUGUAAUGACUUCUACGAGAUUCUGGGAAUCGUCAAGGAUGCAUCUGAGGAGGAUCUGAAGAAGGCGUACAGGAAGCUGGCACUGAAGUUUCACCCGGAUAAAAACCAUGCCCUGGGGGCCACUGAGGCCUUCAAAGCGAUCAGAAACGCCUACACCGUGCUCAGUAACCCAGUGAAAUGGAAGGACUAUGAUUAA